CUCGUCUCCGCGUGCUCGCUUUCUCUCUCUUCCCCUCCCCAUCGCCCUAUUCUUCUUCUUCUUCUUCGUGUAGAGAGAGAGAGAGAGAGAGAGAGAGAGAGAGAGGGGUGAGCAUGGGGAAGGGGUCGAGGCGGAGGGGAAAGAAGGCGUGGAGGGCGAAGAUAAGCACGGAGGACAUCGACGACUACUUCGAGAAGGCCACCAAGGAUGCCCUAAGCGGCGCCGCCGCGGCGCUCCCGUCGCUCCCCUCCGACUCCCUCUUCUACGUUGACAAAUCCAAAGAUAUUCCCAUCAAACGGAAGAUCGAAAAGCAAAGGGAAAAAGUUCUUAAUUAUGAGAGGAUAUUCCAGAGAAAUCCUUAUGUGCAACCAAUCCCAUCAUCAACUUUGAAAAAGUCAAAGAAGAAAAGAAAAGAAGCUUUGAAAGCUAAAUGUGAUGUUGAAAAUGUUCCCAAGCUAGAUGAUUCCGCUUCUAUGCCCCUUGACAUAUGGGAUGAGAAAGAUGAAACAAGGGCCAAGGCUAAAAAGAGGACGACUACUAUUAUUCCUGCUGUUGAAGUGGAGCCACCAGGAUGUUCAUUUAAUCCUCCAUUUGAAGCGCAUCAGGAUUCACUAGCUCAAGCUGUGGCUGAUGAGAUGCAAAAAAUCUACAAGAAGGAAUUGGGACCUCAACCUGUGCCACUUGAGGUUACUGGCGAACUAGUGACUGAAGAAGAGAAGUAUUUUCUAGAUGCAGAUGAUGGAAGUGAAGAUGAUAAAGAAAACGACUUAGGUCAUGUUGGUGAUGACUUAGCAACACAAAGAACUUCCAAAACGAAGAAGGUGACACGAGUAGAAUUAAAUCGAAGAGCCAGGCGGAAGGAGUUGCUGAAAGCAGAAAAAGAAGCAAAAAAGCGGGAGGACCUUUUCAAGGAAAUUGACAGUUUGCCGGAUAUAAUGAAAGAGAUAGCUAAAGAGGAUGAGGAAAAGGAGAGAAGACAUAUGAGACGUGUUGUAGCUAAGGAAGAAAGACGAAAAUCUGUUCCACCUCGUUUGGGGAAACACAAGUUUGAGCCAGCUCCUCGUCAGGUUCUUUUGACAGAAGAAAUAUCAGGGUCUCUUCGAAAGUUGAAGGGCUGCUGCACUCUAGCACGGGACCGGUUCAAAAGCCUCGAGAAGCGGGGACUGCUUGUGCCAAAAGCAAGAGGAAGCAGGAGGAGGUAGACGCGACUUGCGACUUUGCCAUGAACUUACAACUUUGUCCGACCUAUCGCGAUACCUUGGACCUCUUCAAGCCAUGCGGAACAUCUUCAAGUUGAGCACAAACCUGUUCCUUUUUCUCUCUUAUUAAGGUUGCCUUUUCUUCUAUUUUCUCUUCAUCUGUGGUAUUAAAAAUACGCAGGACAUAAUUUGUCUUCCUUAUACAUCAAAUGUAAGUUUAUUACGAGCGAAUUUUGGAAGUUUUUGCGAUAAUUGGUUAUUUCAAUUACCUAUUAAAGCCUGUUGAUUUAGGACUCACUGAUCACUGAUGCAAAUUGUGGUUAUAUUCGAAUUGCGUGGCUACGUUUUAUGAA